GCGGUUAUCGAGCAUACUGAUGUCACACCCACUCGAGCUAUGGACGGCUUCUAACACCGCUAUCUGCAUCGUUGCCGGCAUCGACAACAUAGCUUCACCACUGGCCUUCGCAUCUUACCUGCUCGCUGAACACCAAGAAGUGCAGGACAAAGUUCGAGCAGAAGUUCAAGCCCUACUCCAGAAAGAGGGGGAGCUCACAUACGACGGCCUCGCUGAACUGACUUACUUGGGCCAAGUGCUGUCAGAAACCCUGAGACUCUAUCCUUCGCUUCCAGGCUCGGUGCGCAGGGUAUGUGACGAGGACUACGAGUGCAAUGGAAUUCGCAUCCUGAAAGGCAUGAACGUUUCCGUUCCCACUCUCGAUGUGCACUACGAUCCCAUGCUGUGGCCGGAACCGAAAAAGUUUGACCCUGAACGAUUCAGCAAGGCGAACAAGGAGCGCAUACACCCCUUCUCGUACUUCCCCUACGGACUUGGACCACGCACGUGCAUGGCAGCCGCGCUCGCCCGGGUGGAAUUCAUGGUCGCGCUUGCCCUGCUUGUGAUGCGGUACAGGUUACUGCCUAGCGGCAAGUACAAAAACGAGCCGCCGAAAUAUUUUACCGCAAUGUUGGUGGGUUAUCCAAAAGAAGGCGUAUACGUCAAACUACAGAAGCUUUAAAGUCAAGGGAAAUACAUAGAAGAGCAGGGCGAAUACACGUCAUGUGCAUUGUGACUGUCUACACUUCGAGGUCAGUGAAAGGUGAUUGUCUCUGCUUUAACAGCAAGAUACACUCAGAAAUCACCGCGUGCAUCAACUCUGUCGCCUGGCCUUUAUCCUUGGGCUUCCAUACUGCUAUUACUCGCCAAUAAAGCGUUUCUCGUUG